UGCAUCAGCCAGAGCAGCAGCGUGUGUUCCUCAUAGCCUGCCCAUCUUAGCGAAGGAGGAAUGCCGAGAGAGUGAAACCUCGGCCUCCCUGCUGCCAGCAGGGUCACCGAUGUCCAAGAGCUCCCCAGAGAAGAGGAAGAAGGAGAGGGAAGCCUGGGAGAAGGAGCUGAUGGAGAAGGAGGCCAGGCUGGCUCAGCGAGAGCAGCAGCUCCGGAGAUGGUGGGAGGAUCUGGAGCGGGAGCGCAAGGAGCUGCAGAAGGAGAAGGCCUCUUUCCAGCUCGAAGGGCAGAGCCAGACUUCCAGUUUACAGAAGAAAGUCGCAAGAGUCCCCUCCCAGUCUGGGGUCGCUGAGGCCUCCAAGGAGAAGAGCCCUGCCCGUCCUCAGCAAGGGCACGUGGAGUCAGAAACAUCCGUCUCCCCAAGAAGCAAGAGUCUCCUAAGGGCCCUCAAAGAGAAAAGCCCUUUCCGUUCCCCUGGCAGAUCCAAGACGAUGGACCAGGCUGCUGAGGAACAGCCCGGAUGCCAGACUGCCUCUUCUGUUCAGCCAAAGCCAAGGGGAAGGAGAAGGAGAAGAUAA